UAGCCGGAUUUGCCCUACCCUCGAGUCUCCCGGACUCGAGUCUAUACCCCGAUUUAAGACUCCAAAAUCAUACUCCUCGAUUUUGACCGUAUACACUAACAAAUUGUGGAGUUUAUUAGUUUAAAACAUGUCUUCUUUUACUAACUUUAGUACAAGUAGUUGAAAAAAAAGAAGAAGAUAUUUCAAUGUAAUAAGCAUGGAAGCUUAUUUGACUCAUAGUCUUCACUACAGUGUGAUCAAGAAAAGUAGUAUUUCAUCUAAGGAAAUUACUUGUUGUUGUUGAUACUCUCACAGGCAGCCACAAUUUUCAGUACCAACCAUGGCAGAAGCAGUACUUUCAGCUCUAAUGGAAGUCCUUUCCAAAAGAUAACUUCCCAAAUUUUCCAAAAAAAUGGACAGCUAGGAAGUACAAAGAAGGAGAUGAUAAAUCUGCAGAGCACACUAUCAACAAUUCAAGCUGUACUACAAGAUGCUGAGGAUAGGCAAAUGAGAGAUAAAUCUUUGAAGAACUGGCUGGUGAAGCUCAAAGACAUUGUCUAUGAAGCAGAUGAUUUAUUGGAUGAAUACUUGACUGAAUUGCUCCGCCAUAAGUUGAAACUGAAAGAAGUUGGAGAAAAGUUAGAAUUGGUUGCAAAUGAGAGAGCCAAAUUCCAUUUUAGGGAUGUCGUUUAUCAGGGAGGUUUUUCUUGUGAAAGACCACAAUCAGACUCUUAUGUAAUUGAAUCAAAGGUUUUUGGUAGAAAUAAGGAUAAAGAAAACAUAGUCAAGCUACUUAUAGAAUCUGAUGUACCGGUUGUUAGCAUUGUUGGAAUUGGAGGAAUUGGGAAGACAACAGUUGCAAAAUUGGUUUACAAUGAUAUUGUUGUAGAAGAUAGAUUUGAUACAAGAAUAUGGGUUUGUGUCUCAAAAGGAUUUGAUGUGAAAAGGCUUCUUAACGCAAUCAUAGAAUAUGCCACUGGUAGUAGUUGUAACCUUGUAGAGAUGGAGGCGAUCCUGCGGCGUGUCCACGCGUUAAUAUUGGGCAAGAAAUUUUUGCUUGUCCUAGAUGAUGUAUGGGAUGAUGAUCAUGAGAAAUACGAGAGAUUAAAGAAUUUAGUUCACAAUGGUUUGGAUGGGAGUAGGCUGUUAGUGACUACUCGAAAUGAGAAGGCUGCGCUACUGAUGGGCAAAGCAAAUCCAUAUCGUUUGGAAGGCCUUUCGGAUGAUGAUUGCUGGUCCUUGUUUCAGGAACUGGCAUACAAGAAUAGGCAAAAAGAAUUAUUAGCUCUUGAAGAGCUCGGGAAAGAGAUCACCAAGAAAUGUAGGGGGGUUCCUUUAGCGGCAAAGGCCCUUGGAAGUUUAAUGUGCUUGAAGAAUCAGAAAUCUGAGUGGUCUUUCAUCCGAGAUUGUGCAAUGUGGGAUCUUAUGGGACAUGAAGACGGAGCUGGAAUUCUUUUGGCCCUAAGAUUAAGUUAUGAGUACUUGCCGACACAUCUGAAACAAUGUUUUGCAUAUUGUUCUAUAUUUCCUAAGGGCUAUAGGAUAAAUAAAAACACCUUGAUAUGCCUAUGGAUAGCGGAAGGAUUUGUUCCAUCCUCUGAAAGCAUGCCACCUGAAGAAGCUGGGAAUGGUUAUUUCAAUGAGUUGUUGUGGCACUCUUUCUUCCAAAAUGUGAGAAGAGAUUUUGAUGGGAAUAUAGUUGACUGUGACAUGCAUGAUCUUGUCCAUGAUCUUUCCAAAUCUGUAGGUGGUGUUGAUUGUUUAACAACAGAAUUUGGCAAGGAAGUUAUCAUUCCUGUGGCCACACGCCACUUAUCAAUGCUUGGAAGUGAGCUGGUACCCAAAAAACUUGGCAUGUUGAGGAGUGCUCAAAAGCUGCGAUCGUUUCUUCUUUUGGAUGGGCAGAGAAAUAUCACGAAACUAUCCAAGAGUUUCUUUUUGAGCUUUAAAUCUGUUCGGGCAUUAGAUUGCAGUGGUAGUCGGAUAAAGAAGUUGUCUAAGUCAGUUGGUACUUUAUUACAUCUACGAUACCUCAAUCUUUCACAUGCUCUGCUAAGAACAUUGCCAAAGUCUAUCUGUUGCUUCCUUAAUCUUGAAGCUUUAAUACUUAAGCAUUGCAACCAUCUGAUAGAAAUUCCUGCAGAAAUUAGAAAGUUGGUGAACCUUAGACAUCUGGAUAUAUACGGAUGCACAUCCUUAACCAUAUUACCUCGUGGCAUUGGAAAAAUGAGAUCCCUGCAAACAUUGCCAGUUUACAUUGUUAGCAAGGCUGCUGCUAGUGACAUUUCCGAGUUGCAGAGACUUGAUCUUCAUGGUGAAUUAAUGAUAAAGAACCUUGAGAAUUUGUCCGACGAGAUAUGUGCCAAAAAUGCUAACUUGAAAGGGAAGAGGCACAUCCGAUUUCUAAAGUUAAUAUGGGAUCAAGUUGAAGAAAUGGGCACAAGAGAAAAUGUUGAGCGCAUUGUUGAGAGCCUUCAACCAAAUUCUGAUUUGAGCAAGUUACACAUAGAGGGUUAUAUUGGUGCAAAUUUCCCCAGUUGGUUGAUGAAUAUGUACUUGGUACACAUUGUGGAAAUCUGGCUUUUAAAAUGUCACAGGUGUGUGGAGCUGCCUCGACUAGGGAAGUUGCCUUUUCUUGAGGUUCUCACUGUUGACGGGAUGGAUUCCGCAAUGUAUUUCUGCAAUAGUUCUGGUGAAGAGGAUUUGGCAACUCAAUUUGCAUCACUGAAGCAACUGACCCUCCGUAAUAUGCCCAAUCUAUUGGGAUGGUCAGUUAAUAAAGAUCAUACUAUUCUUCAUUGUCUGAAGAAAUUUACGUGGCAUGUCCCUAUUUGAAUAAAUUGCCAGAUCUUCCCUCCCU